AUGGUCGGGGGGUGCGCGGGGGUUGUGGAGCGCGUGGGCCUGUUGGGGCGCGCGGGGCCUCCGGGGCAAGUGUGGCUUGGUGUGCGUGGGGUCCCCGGGGCGCCGGGGCGCCGGGCCGUGUGGGAUGUGGCAGGUUUUGAUCAUGAAGUGAUCUGUGGUUCCCUAAUUGACCAAGAAGAAGAGGACAUCAUAUUUAAUUUUGUGUCAACUGAAAGACUUCCAGAAAAAUAUGUCAUGUUCACCCACCCCAAAAUACAAGGAACUUGUACAGCAAGAGAAGUUCAGAGAGAAUAUCAUUUGGACAUAAUGUUCAGUGUGCUUGAUAUGAAGCUUGUGAUUGACACCUCAUCCAUACUGAUGAUUGUGCUCCCCUUUCAGAUUGCCAAUCAGAAGAUUCCACCAUGUGCUGGCAUCGAUUUUUGCCUUGAAGAUGUUAACCAUAACUCCCAGACAAUGAACAUCUCCAAAACUACAGAAAACGUUAAUUCUUUAAAAUCAAAGUGGAUGAGUUUUAAUUGUUCUCUCUACAAAUCCUACUAUAAAGCACUGAAUAACUAUUCUUCCAACCCUUCACUGGAGUGGUUUUCAAGGCAGAGAUUUGAUGUGGCCAUGGAUGAAGAAUGUUACAUCAUCUACAAUGCUGUGUAUGCUGUGGCCCAUGCCUUCCAUGAAAUGAUUCUUCAACAAGUAGAUUCUCAGAGGAUAGGAAAUGAGUUUAUGAAAAGUGGUUCAUGCACUCAUGUACAGUGUCUUAAAGUACAUGCUUUUCUGAAGAACAUGCACUUUAUUAGCCCUAUUGGAGAUGUAGUGAAUAUGAACCAGAAAGGACAAGAAAAUGAUGAGUAUGACGUCCUCAACGUUUGGAAUUUCCCCCAUGGUAUUGAUCUGAAGAUGAAAAUAGGACAGUCCCCACAUUUUCAACAUGGUCAGCAGUUGUAUUUAUUUGAAAACAUGGCACAGUGGGCCACAGGAAGGAGACAGAUCCUGCCUUCAGUGUGCAGUGUGCCGUGCCCUCCUGGGUUCAGGAAAUCCUGUCAGGAGGGACAAGCAGCCUGCUGCUUUGAUUGCUACCGGUGCCCAAAAAAUGAGAUUUCCAAUGAGAAAGCAGUGUGUGAGUGUGUGAAGUGUCCAGGUGAUCAGUAUGCCAAUGUAGAGCAAAACCAUUGCCUGCAGAAAUCUGUGACAUAUCUGGCUUAUGAAGACCCCUCGGGGAUCACUGUAGCCUGUCUAGCCCUGGGUUUCUCAGCACUCCCAUGUCUUGUCCUUGGGGUGUUUUAGAAGCACCAAGACACUCCCAUUGUGAAGGCCAAUAACUGCACCCUCAGCUACAUCCUGCUCAUCUCCCUCAAAUGCUGUUUCCUCUGCUCCUUGAUCUUCAUUGGACAUCAGAACACUGUUACAUGCAUCCUGCAGCAGAUCACAUUUGGAGUUCUCUUCACUGUGGCUGUCUCAACUUUCUUUGCCAAAACAGUUACUGUGGUCCUGGCCUUCAAGGUCACCACACCAGGAAGAAGGAUAAGGUGUCUGCUGGUGUCAGGGGUACCUAACUUUAUCAUUCCCACCUUCACCCUGAUCCAACUUAUUCUCUGUGCAGUGUGGCUGGGGUCCUCUACUCCCUUUAUUGACAUAGAUGCACACUCUGAAUAUGAGCACAUCAUCAUUGUCUGCAACAAGGGCUCAGUCACUGCCUUCUACUGCGUCCUGGGAUACCUGGGAUCUCUAGCCAUAGUGAGGUUCACUGUGGCUUUCUUGUUCAGGAACCUGCCUAACAUUUUCAAUGAAGCCAAGUUCCUGAUCUUCAGCAUGCAUGUGUUCUGCAGUGUGUGGGUCACCUUCCUCCCUGUCUACCAAAGCAGCCAAGGGAAAUUCAUGGUGGCUGUGGAAGUCUUUUAAAUCUUGGCUUACAGUGCUGGGCUAUUGGGCUGCAUUUUUGUCCCUAUGUGCUACAUUAUUUUACUAAGACCAGACAGAAUUACUCUUCAAAAGAUCAGGGAUAAAACCAAUUCUUGA